UGUGACCGUGCCAAUGGGGCAUGCAUGGGAGCCAUCGUGCCUGCGACACUAACGACAAACAGUCUCUCUUCUUCGGGGGGAAAUACGCCAUUUUUCCAAAAACUCCUGUAUCCUCUCAGUCCGGGGCUGCACCCCCCACGCUGUCGGGCCGCCCUCAUCCUCUUAUUAUCUCACCUGCUCCAACCACAGAGUUUGAGUCCGUUUUUGUCUGUUUUUCGUUUUGAUUAGUUUUUCUCUUUUUUUUAACAUUUUUGCCGUAGGUUGGUCUUUUCACACACAAUUAAAGCUCAGCCAUGUCUUGUGAAGUCCAAUUGGAGUCAAACCAUUUAUCCACAACUGGAUCCAAAAUUCCAUGAUUAUCAUGAUAAAUAAACCUUCCAAGUCACAGUAACCAACCAACCAUUUAUUAUUUUUUGGCCCAUUUGAUAAUCCCCCCUCAUUUUGAUUUUGAAACUAAAUCGACCCCUGAUAUACAUUUUUUCAUUGUUUUUUCAUUUUUGCUAUCAGCUACUUAACAUGUGUUUUUAAUUUAUGUACUUUCUGCAUGUUAUUGCAUGGAAUGGACAGAGCACUCUUCGUUCCUUCUGGAACCGCACCCCAGUUCCACCCCCUUGAACAGCCUGUUUCUAGGGGUGAUGGGACCUUUUCCCCACUCUGAUUAGUUUUCUUUUGUUUGUGUCUUUAAAUGUUCCUUCUUUGCCUUGGCAUGAUCCAGAACCACCACACUAGCUUUGUGUUUUUCUUAGCCUCAUCACCAAGAAUGCGUUAUUUAGACUUAUUUUUUGGUCUUUGUAAUUUUUCUGUUGUUCUUUGGAGAUAGGUGAUCCUGAUUAAAAUGUGUUCUGUUUUCUCCUUUUUGUUUUUGUUCCUGGUUGCUGAACCUUCCCACUUUACUUAAUUGUGUGUUGUGCAUGGAAAGAGAAUGUUUGGUACGUACUUCAGAGUCGGAUUUUACGGUACCAAGUUUGGGGACUUGGAUGAGCAGGAGUUUGUAUACAAGGAGCCUGCCAUCACCAAACUAGCAGAGAUCUCCCACCGACUGGAGGGAUUCUACGGGGAGCGUUUUGGCGAAGAACAGGUGGAAGUCAUUAAGGACUCCAACCCUGUAGACAAGUGCAAACUGGACCCCAACAAGGCUUACGUCCAGAUCACGUAUGUGGAGCCCUUCUUCGAUACGUACGAGAUGAAGGACCGCAUCACCUACUUCGACAAGAACUACAACCUGCGGCGCUUUGUCUACUGUACGCCCUUCACGUUGGAUGGCCGUGCGCACGGCGACCUCCACGAGCAGUUCAAACGGAAGACCAUCCUCACCACCUCGCAUGCCUUCCCCUACAUCAAGACCCGCAUCAACAUCAUACACAAGGAGGAGAUCAUAUCAAUGCCCAUGGAGGUAGCCAUCGAGGACAUGCAGAAGAAGACCCAGGAGCUAGCCUUCGCCACCCACCAGAACCCCUCCGACGCCAAGAUGCUGCAGAUGGUCCUGCAAGGCUCUGUGGGCACCACGGUCAACCAGGGCCCUCUGGAAGUGGCUCAGGUGUUCCUGUCUGAGAUUCCCAGUGACCCCAAACUCUACAGACACCACAACAAGCUACGGCUCUGCUUCAAGGACUUCACCAAGAGAUGCGAGGACGCGCUGCGUAAGAACAAGAGCCUGAUUGGUCCCGAUCAGAAGGAGUACCAGAGGGAACUGGAGAGGAACUACCACCGCCUGAAGGAGGCGCUGCAGCCCCUCAUCAACAGGAAGAUACCCCAGCUCUACAAGCCUGUCCUGCAGGUCAACUCUCAUAGAGAUUCCUUCAGCAGAAUAAGUCUUCGGAAGCUUGAUUUUUGAAGAUGAGGAAAAGAGAACGUCAACAUUAAUUUAUUCCCAAAUGUAAAUACAUUGUGUCUCCUUAAAAGUCGCUCCUCUACAUAGUGGCCUGAAAGUGUCCUGGCUUGGUACGUCAUUCCAGUGUCUUAAUUUGUUUACAGAAUAACCUGUUACGCAUCGGUGGGACGAUCAAGUUGAUCUUACAGCGAUACCUUGGCAUUUUUCUUUUUUGUCAUGCAAUAUUUUUUUACUGCAUCAUUGAUGGUGUUUGGAGUUUUUAUUUACCCAGCAUCAGUCAUGUUGCUAAUGUCAAAAUGGCUCAUUAGCAUUGUGUUCAUGUCUCAAUGUCAAUGGAUCUUUAGCAGCCAUUAGCUAUUAGCUAACAAGUUCCCCUUUUGUCAAGUCAAGUGCCAACACAAAAAGCCAAAGGGUACUCUUUAAAAACGUCACGGUAUCAUUAAAAAAAUGUGUAUAGUGUCAAAUCUGUAUUUAAUUUAAUUUGUGCACUUUUUAUUAUGGUGUAGCGAUGCCUUUUACAACUUGAAAGUUUACUAUUUAAUCCAAAAGGCAUAAAAAAACAUCCAAACAUGAAAAAUGCAAAAAAACAUACUAUUUAUAAGGCUUUAUCAUUAUUCAUUUAAACUACAUUGCAAGUAAAAGGGAUUUGUUUUCAACUUUAAUUGUUUGAUUUAUGUUAAUAUUUAACAAAAUAAAUAUUUUAAUUGUCCAAAUCGUAUCCUUUAUUUUUUCACAAACUGUCCUAAGGGUCUUUCAUUAAUGGAAAUAUUACAACUUUAUUGCUUAUGUUCUGAAACGGUUGAGAGAAAGCCGUUUGUUUAGCAUCAAUGAAAUACGUUAUUUACGCAUACCAGUUAUGGCUGGUAUUGCUUGACAUUUAGAACCUAGAAAAUGAUGUAGACAUCUGGCCUAAAGUGAAAAAAUUAACAUUCUAAACGUGACAUUAAUCAGAUGACCUGCAGAACCUCUCCAUAAUUAAGCUUAUCAGCAAUGAAAACCUCACAGGUUAUGACAAACAUGUUCUAAAGCCGUUUUUACAUGGAUUGGCCUUAUCUUAACUCUAAUGGCCUCCAUGUCCUUAGUAAUUAACAUUGAAAGCUGCAAACCAAAAAGGUUCAAACAAUUAGUUAGAGCAACAAAUACAAGGAUCACUUUUAUAACCGGUUAAUGGUGGGUGACAGGUUUAAUGCAUCAAUACACUUCCACACGAGAUAAUGGCAAAA